AGAACCCCAGUAAAACACCUUUUUUUUUGCAGUAGAAGAUUUGUGAAGAGUUGCAUUUCAUGCUCAUCUGCACAGUUAUAUAAACGCUCAGCAAAACUGCACAGGAAUUAUCUUGGUUUGUUGGGAAACAGUGGCAGUGGCGGGGAGGAAUUAGCAGCUAAACCACAAACCUCGGGGGUUUGGGGUUCCCCGAGGAAGAUGCAGAAGGACUCCUGUGUGCCUGUGAGCUGAUCCUGGGUGUGGAAUCGUCCCUGCAUGGCCCAGUUUGGAACAGGCUGAUAAGGCUCCUUGUUUCUUAGCAACCCCAGCUCUGCCACAGCCAGAAACCUGCCCUUCUGCAGCUGGAGGGGAAAUUCUGAAUGUCUCAAAAGCAAAUCUUAAACCCAGACCUGUGUCUUUCCUGGGCAUGGAGGUGCCAUAUGUCCUUCUCCUAACACGACUGGUGGCAGAAGUUGCCAGCAAAUCCACGCCAAACUCGGUGUCAGAACCAGAAUGUUGUGUGGAUGUGUUGGAUUCCAACAGCUCCUGUCCAGCAACCAACCAGUGCAGUCCAGGUUGUUACAGGAGAUGGAAUGAGGACGGAAGCAGCAGCUGCAUUAAAUGCAAAAAUGAAACCCUGCCUGUUUUCUCUGUUUACAACCUGACCGAGUGCAGAACUACUGGGAGCAGAGAGAUGAAUUUCCAGAUGAACAUAAGCACUGUAACUCCUUUCCUACAGAGCAUAGGGGGCCCAGAAGUGGCAGCUUCCCUCAUCUUAGGGACAUUUUUCAUCAGUUUGUUCCUGAUUCUCUCUGUUGCUUCUUUCUUCUACCUCAAACGUGCCAAUAAACUUCCCAACAUUUUCUACAGAAGGAACAAAGCAUCUGUUCUCCAGCCUAGUGAAACAGCAUCCAUGAUACCUCCCCCAGCUUCUUCAGUUCGGAAGCCGCGAUACGUCCGCCGGGAACGGUCCCUGGUCACCUCCACGUCUGCUGCCAUCAUCUCCUCCUCCGAAACCAGGGUCAGCAAUGUUUAACCUUCCCUCCUGACAGAGGACCUUAACCAUUUGUGGUGUCAAAGAACCUUUUUCUGAACCCACUGAAGUGCCAGGAAAACGUUGCAAGCAGCUGACCCCGACCAGAAACCAAAUUCCCGUGUCCGAGGGUUUGUGCCAAACGUCCUCCCGGGGAUGAGCUGCUGGAGGUGACACCCAGUUCCAGGAACUCCUCUGCAAUGCACUAUUCCAGCUCUGUGGGCUCCUUUCUCUCCUGCAGGUGCUGUGUUUGAAACCUUUAAAGAGUCUGCCUUUCUUUGGAACACUCUGUUCUGGCAAGUUCUUCUCCCUGUGCUGUGACGUGUCCCUGUGUCCCCAGGGCAGGCUGGCUCAGUGCUGCAGGCCAGCCCAAAAUCCCGGGAUUACUCAAGGCUGUGGAUUUGAGGAAGGGAGCCACUUGUAGAUGGGAACACUUAAGUGCCACUCCUUUAACUAUAUAACAAUAAUUAACAUGCAGAAUCCUUUGGAAGCAAAAAAAUGGUGCCUGUGGAGCAUCUUCUGCCACAGCUGAGCCUGAGUUUAACUGUGACUGUGGAGCCACCCUCCUGAUCCUGCUGCUCCUGGUGCUUUGGAAGGCCAUGGUCAAUAUGGGCCCAAUCCCAAGGGGGGGAAUUUUGGGGGGAAGUUUUCUCAGCUGAUUUCAGCUCAGUGCUGUUUGCUGGGGGUUUGUAAACGAGAGGCUGCAAAGUCCGUCCCUGCUGGGACAACCUGGGAGCCCAAAAUUCCUGCAGGACAGUUGUCAGUGAGGGUUGGGAUGAGCUGGAGAGGUCAGGGGAACUUCUGCCAAUGCAAUAAAGGGGUUUCUGUGGUCGAGCCCUUCUCUAACACACCUGAAAUGUUCAGGCCAGCACCUUAGGACAGAGCUCAGCGGGGAUUUCCUUGUUCCAACACCAGCCUAAACCCCCCCUUUCCCACUCUGGAUUUGUUCCUGCCCUCUCCAUGUGCCUGAGGAGUCGCUCCUGCAGGGAAUUAAAGGAGCUGUAAAAUCAC